AUGUUAAAAGCUUUGGGAAGUUUUUUUUAACAAAAUAAUCAAAAGAAUAGGGAAACUGAUUCUUAGGAUUUUUUUUUCCUGAAUAAAUUCACAAAAAAAAUGAUGUUAAAUAAAAUAAUGGUUGCCAAGAGAUAUGAAUAAGGCAGUUUAGUUAGUUAAUUUGAUGAUUGUGAUGGAAAUAUGUCUCAUUAUGAUGAGGAUAUAUUGAGAUAAUUAACCAUUUACUCAUAUAGAGAUUGCUUAUUAAUAGAAAUGGAUAUUAUAUUUGUAAAACAUCAUCAAGAAAUUUUAUCAUUUUGUAAUGUAACAAAUAUAUAUAAAACCUUUAGAAAAUAGAUUUAAUAAGCAAUUAUCUACAAUCAAAUUUAAAUAAAAAUUUACAAUCUGAAGGAAUUAUUUUUUACUCUUAUUUGGAUCAAUUAAUGGCUAAAUACAAAAUAUAUUUACCAAACAAAAGUUGUUUAUAGAAUUUGUCAGAAAAAGAAUUAAAUAUCUUAAUUUUUAAUGUUAAAUAAAUACAUGAAAAAAUGGAAGAGUCAAUUGUGGCCUAUAGAGAUUAAUUACUUUCUGCCCUUGAUUUAGACUAAUAUUCAAUUUCAAUGUAUUUUCCAAAUCAUCUACCAUUAUUUGAUUAGUAUAUAGAUGAAAAUAUUAAAAUUGAAGUUAAUAAUAAUUUAACAUUCGAAUGCAUAAUAGCAAGAAAAUGUGAAAUUUUUUAAGGAAAAAUAUACUUUGAGGGUGGAUAACAUAAGAAUAUAGAAGAUCUAUCCUAAAAUGAUUAAGAAAUAGUAAAAAAUUAAAAUAAUCCAAUUCUUUAAUAGUUAAAUUAUGAAGUUAAGAUUUAUCGUAUUGAAGUUAAAAUUAAUCCAAUGAAUUAAAGAAAUAUUAAUAACUUAAAAUAAAUCCUUGAAGGAGAACUACUUCAAGAAUUUUGCAGGACUCUUGCUGAAUAGUAGAUGUAAAUAUAAGAGACGUUUUGUUCUAUUUAAAUACCUGAAGCUGAUCCAAAAUAAAAGAAUUUCUUAUAAGAAUAAUUACCUGAUGUAGAAAUAUCAGUAUUUAUGAAAUUAUUAAUAUUAAAAGAAGUUAUGUAUACAAUUAGAGAAAACUAAAAACUACUAAAAAAUCCUAAAUUUAAAGGUAAAUUGUCUGUUGUGAAAAUGAUUAGAUUUUGCAAUGCUUUAGGUGUAAGACCUAUUUGUAUCAUGUAAUAAAAUGAUAAAAAAUCUAUAGAUCUCAAAGCAAAUCGAGAAAAUAAUAAUAAAAUCAUACAAAAUUUGAUAUAAGUUUUAUUUUUUAAAGACAGAUAUGAUGAUAAAAUAAAACCUAUAGAUACUUUAUGUGGGGAAUUCAUGAUUAAUUUAUGUAAUUUUGGACUUUAAGAUUUUCCAGAUAUUGAUAAUAUUUUGGUUAAACUAGAAAAAUUACUUCUUUUAGUCAAAUCAAUUCAUUGUGUACCUUUAGAUUGA